CCUCAUCAGCCCUCUCAUCAGGCCCCUCAUCAGCCCCCUCAUCAGCCAUGUCGAUAACACUGACUUUUUCUCAAGGCAGAAGCCUUAGUAAGACUUCCUGUGGCUGGCCUCCGAAUUGCUAAACGAAACAUCAAACUACUCAAGGUUGGUCGUAUAGUGUUAUAAUCCGUAUAAAUCUCGACAACGCCCUGCUACAUCCUCACAGUCUCUAGCUGAAAUCGAGUUCUCCUCUCAAGCUUCUAUCGCAGAGUCACCAGCACACAACAUGCUUUGCGGGCUAUGUAAACAGAUCGAUCAGCCAGGCAAGGAAUUGCGCUACUUACUCUGGGAGCUGAGACCACAAGUAAGGCCACUUCGUGAUCGGCAGGUGGCUUUACCUCGGGCGCCAUGCCAGCUUUGCGAUGUGCUUUGGCGAGCAUUGGUUGCACUGGUCGGCGAAAGACAUCUGGAGCUGUUCGAAACGCUUGUAGUCUUGGACAUUGAGUUCGGUGGAGUGAUGAGGGCCGAUCUCCUCCCUUUUGACGAGAAAGUCCGAAAGAUGAGGUUGCAGUUUUUUCUUGAUCCAGGAGCAACACCAAAGUUUGGGAGAAUCGGCGGCGCACGUCAAAUCGCAGAGAAUGGAAUAUCGAGCAGUUGCAUCGAACUCAUCCAAAAAUGGCUGGCCACCUGUAAUAUAUCGCAUGAUAAGUGCGUCAUCAACAAUGAAGCAUCACUUUUGCCAACAAGAGUAAUUUGGGUCGGAAACCAGUACUCAACGCCUAGAUUACACAUCUCCAAGCAUGACGAAAAGGGUCUAUUCGUUGCUCUCAGUCACUGCUGGGGUGGAUCAUCACCAGUCUUGACUACGACUGCGACUCUUCCUAUGCGAGUCGACAGCAUUCCCCUUCUCAGUCUUCCCCAAACCUUUCAAGAUGCUAUUCAGGUCACCCGAGCACUUGGAAUCGAGUAUUUAUGGAUCGACUCCUUAUGCAUCGUACAAGAUUCGCAUGACGACUGGGUGCACGAAGCCAGCAGGAUGGGAACAAUCUACGAAUCUGCCUACUUCACUAUUUCAGCAGAUGCCGCACAAGACUGUAACACAGGAUUUCUUUCCGCCCCGGCGAGGCGACCUGGUGUCUGUGUUUCCGUGCCAUUUGACAACCCGACAGCUACUUCUCAGUCUGCGAAUGGAACAAUCUCUGUUCGUGAAAAGGGGUCUCUGAUGCGCCAGUUACCGAUCCAUGGCUGGCACAGCGAAAAUAUCAUGGCUCUGGCUCCCCCGGAACCAGAAGAAGACACCCCAAGCUACCUGCAAAUCAUCACAGGUGCGCCGACGUCUCGUCUCUCAACUCGAGGAUGGGUGAUGCAGGAACGGAUACUAGCGUCCAGGACGCUGCAUUUCGGUAAAUUUGAACUUGGCUGGGAAUGCCGCAACUGCAUCAGUUGCGAAUGCUGCGCAGACUCCAAACGUUCUCGUCGCGGAGAUGCCCGUCUGAAAGGCGCUCUCGGCAAGAAUGAAUGGCCAAGGAUUGUCAAAGAGUACACCUGGAUGUCAUUGACAGUGUCCGAGGAUAGGCUGCCCGCGCUCUCUGGACUUGUGUCUACGCUCGCAAAGGGAUCACGACUCGGUGACGAGUACGUCUCUGGGCUCUGGAAGUCAACCUUGGCACAGGAUUUACUUUGGCAUGUGCCUUCUGGAUCGGAGAAGGACAAAAAAGGCCUACUUCCACGUCCGUACGCACCGUCUUGGUCGUGGGCAUCGCUGAAUGCACCUGUGGAAUAUGCUCCGGCCAAUCCCGGAAUUGCCAACAGUUUUGAGGUCGUCGACAUUGUCUGCGAACCAGUAGGAGGAAAUCCAUACGGGCCAGUCACAGAACAUAGCUACAUCGAAGUCUCAGGUCUAUGUGUACCAGUCUGGUACAACGGAUUGCUCAGCCCAGAGAAUUCGUUUGUGAGUAUUGAGCCAAACCUCCAGGCCCGCUUUCAACGGCAAGCGGGCUUUAGGUCUCAAGUCAGAGUCUAUCCUGACACAGAGAUGGAUCCACGGGCGCUUAAGCACAGAGAGAGGCUCAGAUUCCUGCUCAUUUCAGAUGGCGAACACUCUCUUUCAGGGUUGCUGUUGAAGAAGAUGGAAGGGCAUCAGUUGGGCGACGAGGUCUAUGAGAGAGUUGGAUAUGCUUGUGACGAGGCAAGCGCACCAGUGAAGGUGGAGUCAUUCUACACAACCGAUUCUGAUUUCGAUUACGAGCCAGCGCCGGCGGAUCAUCGUGCAUGGGCAGCUUGGGAGAAGUUUGCUUCUAAGAAGGUUAUGAAGAUCAUAUGAGUCGAGAGAAGAUAGGGAAACGUACCUAUAUCAAUGUUUUGUGGACAUCCGCACCCUUCCAGAUACAGCACCAAUGCCAAUAUGCCUCCCCGAAAUAGUAGACGAGGACGGCCGAUACUCUGAUGGUAG